UCUUCAAAUGUAAGUCAAUGUGUUACCAUGGUUACUUAAAAACAAAGCAGGAAAACACGGAACUGAACUGUCCAAAGUAGUUGGGUGUCAGGUUUCUCAGGGGACGCCGUUAAAAAUUUGUGUUGACCACUUGCUUUGCUUCGUUUGGAACUAAUCAGUCCCUGGAAAGAUGUUUCCUGAGCACAUAACUGUAUUCAUAUUUGUGGGUUUAUCCUUCGCACAAGAAGCCCUGGGACAGAAUUCGACUGUUGUAAAGCCAUCACCGACUGCAUCUUACACUAUGGCGCCCAUGUCAUCACAAGCAGCACAACCUACAACAAAAUCCCCCGCUCUUCACAAAGCUCUGGGACAGAGUUCGACCGCUGUUGUAAUGCCAUUACCGACUGCAUCUUACACUAAGGCGCCCAUGUCAUCACAAGCAGCACGACCUAUAACAAAAGUACCCACCCACAUCACGCUGACGCAAAGUACCACAGAAAAAGAGACCACCACACCAACCACAGAUACACAGAAGCCAACUUGUGCGAUGAUUAAGUUUGUGGCAGACCGAAUGUGGAAUGCAUCCCUUGGAAACUCUACGUCAAAAGAGUCCAAAGCUU